CGGCACGUCACUUGCAUUGGGUCGGCAGUGUGCUCAAGGUAACGCGAACACCCUGAAUCAAUUCAGUAACUGAAGUGAUUUCCUCUGUCCUGGAAGGAGUGCUGUGGCACCAUGGGUGUGUUAUCCACGCUGAUGAGGGGUCUGGUAAGAGGAGCGGACAGAAUGGCAGAGUUCACCAGCAAGCGUGGGUCAAGGACUCAUAAUAAAGGCAGGGGUGCAAGGCCUACUGGACUGAGGCUCUCCAGCAGAAAGUUUCUGUCCAUACGGGCCAUGAUUCCUGAAUUUGUGGUGCCUAACUUGGAGGGAUUUAAACUCAAACCCUACGUAUCAUAUCGCUCCCCGAGAGGAACAGAGCCUCCAGUCACAGCACAGACUGUGUUUUCUGAGGUUGCCGCCCCUCAGAUCAAGAAAGACUUUGAAGAGGGCACUUUCAGCAAAGACCAACUAGAGAAAUAUGGAUGGGAGCCCACACAGAACGGGAAGCUCUUUAAGCUGUAUCCCAAGAACUAUGUGCGUUAACGAUGCACUCACAGUGUAAUAUAUUUCCACAGAAAGGCACAGACUGCUGACUAACUGGAGACAGAAAGUUGCAAACCAACUUAUGUGACACUUUGAGGAAAACAGUCACAAGUGGGACUGUAUUAUGUUGGGAAAUCAAUCUUCUGUUACUUGAUCAUCGGGCAAAAUAAAACUUACAGGGAUAUGACUGACACUGCAGAAUUGUGCAUUGAUCAUUGUGAAGAUCUGUUGAACAAUCUGAGCAAUCCUCAUGUACAUUUAAAAUGACCAAGGGUUCUCUUAUGUUUGCCAGAAAAGAUGUUAAAUGUGGGCUAGCAAUAAAAAUGAUAUAACCACAACAAACACUGAGCUGACUUUCCUGAUGCUGCUGAAGUUGUUCUUUACAUUCUCUCAUACAGAGGAUUGCAAGUUAAUUUCCAUUUAAUUGUUAAUAUAGCUCCAAACCCCUUGGUUUCAAAGACAUUUUCACUUGUGUCCAAGUUGAGAUAUGCACUGUGAACCUGGAACUUGUCAAUGUGACUUUAUUGGUCAAGAGGUGUAAUGAAUGCAACCAGCAAUAAAAAUGGCCUCCACAAAUUUUCAUAUACUACUAUGAUGUAGUUUCCAAACUCAUCAUAUAGUGAAGUCACCACCUCAGAUGGUGGGGGAGCAGCACAGUCUUGCAGUCUUAUGCUUUCAGACAGGACUUUAAAAAUGCAAAAAGGGGUUUAUCUCGAGAAUGUUCAUUAAAAGGGAGCUUUAAUACUACUCACAAAUCAUUAAACAUUAACCCUGUCAAAACUUCAGUAUGAUUUGGACAGAGGGUUGCAAAUAAUCAGAAUUUGCCUUUGAGGUUCAGUAGUUCAGUAAUAGUAAAGUCAUUAGACAGUCACACAUGCUGCGUGAGUACCUACAGUAAUUAUGUGUUAAAAUUGGUGCUCGUCUUUAAACAGGUAUUUUUCUGAACAAUUU